AGUUUCCCGCUCUCUGUCUUGUCGAAACCGAGGCAGAUUUUCCCAUCAUCCUUUAGCAAUCCAAGAUGGCGGCGCCCAUGUGGAAAAAUGCGGCUUAGUCCGAAAACGUUUGUUUAUUUGUGAUAAAGCAGAACUUGGCUACCAGAUUAACAGGUAUUAACCAACAAUCCACUUCAUCUGCAACACACACAAGAAGUCCAGAUAAUCCAAUAUUGUGGAUAACACUAUAGCUACAUGGAGGAAUAAAGAUGGAGAGACCAGAACUACAAAAUGAGCCUGUUUCUGUUGAGGGGACCAUCUCAGAAGAUCUAUCACUACCCCAGAAAGAUCAGGAAGAAGAAGAAAACACAGACAAAGCAAAUAUCUGUGCUGAUCCUGACUCAAGUAGUGACAUGAAAGCAGAAACAUGUAAGGAAAGAGAGGACUCUGGAGAUGCUUUACCAGCCAAUGAAAGUGCUGCUGUUUGUUGCCAUAGAGACCAGGUUCCAGAGAAAGAAGGAGGAGAGGGGGAAACAACAAGUGCAGCAGGCACAUCAGAUGAUCUUGACCCAUAUGCUUAUGCAAAAGAUGGGAAGUAUACAACUGAGAACUUCAAAAUAGAAGUAAGGAAUCUACCCAGGUAUGCUGGCUUUGCGCAAUUCAAAAAGCGUAUGGUGAACCAAGGACUGACGCCACACAAGGUCAAGAUCAUCCAAAGAGACAACAUUGCUUUUGUAGCCUUCAGAUGUGAAGAGGACAGACAGAAGGCACUGGAGGUGUUAAACUCCCAUGUGUGGAAAGGGUGUUCACUCUCAGCCUCGAAAAGCAACCCAGCAGCUGACCCACUUGUGAAGAAGAGGAAGGAAAGAGAAGAGUCUGGAGCUGGAAGCAGCCAGAAAAGGGCCAGGGGGAAUGAUGAGGAUGAUGAAGACUUGCCUGUUAAAGAUAGACUUCUCCUAGCAGUGACCCCCCUGUGGAACAUACCAUAUGAAGAACAGCUGAAACAGAAGACUGAGAGUCAGAAGGUUGUUCUGGGUAAACUCAGUCGUGCCAUCGAGAACGUUAACCCUGGUCUGGGGUCAUGGGUGGUGCAGCAGAGAAAACAGUAUGACAACAUGUGCUGUAAGCUUGAAGACAUCACACCCUCACCUAUCCUAAACAACUACAGGAACAAGAAUGAGUUCAACAUAGGGAUCAGUCCAGAAGGGAAAGAGAAAACCAUUGGGUUCAGACUGGGUAGAUAUAAAGGUGGUAGCUGCACUGUUGUCAGUCCCUAUGACUGUCCCAAUCUGCCAGACACAGCCAAGGAUAUGGUCAGGAUUUUCCAGACAUAUUUGGAACAAUCGACAAGGAGUGGAUACGACACAGAGAAGCACCAAGGUCACUGGAAACAGCUGACUGUCAGGACCACACAGGGGUCAGAGGUCAUGGUCAUGGUCCAGUUCAAUGUGCAGGACCUUUCAGAGGAAGAGAUUGACAAGGAGAAGCAGCUUCUUAAGGACUACUUCAGCAUAGGGCCAGGGAAGGACUGUGGUAUCACAUCGCUGUUCUUUCAGGCACAUAAACAGAGGAGGCCUGGAGAUGAAGAAGCAUCACAUCAACUCCUCUUAGGAAAAGAGUUCAUACAAGAGAAGCUGUUACGUAUGACCUUCAGAAUUUCACCAGAUGCAUUUUUUCAAGUGAACACCCUUGCAGCAGAGGUGCUGUACAGUAAGGUGGCUGACUGGUGUGACUUCACCAAAGACUCUACAGUGCUGGAUGUGUGCUGUGGGACUGGAACUAUCGGGCUGACUCUGGCAAAGCAUGUGAAGAAGGUGAUAGGUGUUGAGCUGUGCCAGCAGGCAGUGGAGGAUGCCAAGGUUAAUGCCAACAUCAAUGGUAUAGACAAUGCAGAGUUCCUGUGUGGAAAGGCAGAGGACAUUCUCCCAGACCUGGUGAGGAGACUGUAUGGGACAGAGCUGGUUGCUGUGGUAGACCCACCCAGGGCAGGCCUUCAUACCAGGGUUAUAUCUGUGCUGAGGAAGUGUUCUAACCUGACCAAACUGGUGUAUGUAUCCUGUAACUCCCAGAGUGCCAUGCCAAACUUUAUAGACCUGUGCCGACCAACGUCUAACAAGUUCAAAGGCGCAGCGUUCCGCCCCGUGCGAGCCGUGCCUGUGGACCUGUUCCCUCACACCAGGCACAGCGAACUCAUCAUCCAGUUUGACAGGACCCAGUCAACAUGAAGUCUGUUGGUUUAACCCUUAUACCAAGGGGGCAUUAACCUCUGUGCUUAUACCUGCGUGUCAAACGGUCUCCUUGGAAACACUCACGUGAUACCUGACAAUCGCUUCUGAUAUGCGAUUUAAAGGAGCAUACAUAUGGUUCUCCCUUUUACAGAGAAUCUACAGUUAAUACUGCAGAAAUUUUUCUCCACUAACUCAUCUCACCAGAAAUAUAUAUUCUGUAUCAUCAUGAUGAUGCACGGAUAUAUCUUAAUUUUCGCCUUUUCAAACUUAGGUUGAUUUACUCUUCAGAAAAGUAUACGAAACCUUUCUAUGUGUAACUCUUUCAAAGGACAUAUGAAAGUGUUACUUGUAUUUUAAGGUAUCUGCAAAUAAUUAAUUUCAUACAUAAGUUUUCAUUGUUUGAAACCAUUGUUAUUUUCGAUGCAAAAUGUAUUAUUAUUUUAAGUUUUGUAUCUAAGCUACAAUGUAGCAAGCUGUGGUGACAAAAUGGGAAAGCCGAUACGUAAAUCUCUGUAUUUUAGGGUAAACUUAUCUUUUAAAGUAAGGACUACAGAGUCUGGAAAUGCAGAAGAACCCACAUAUCAGGGUUGAUGGUAGUUGUAACCUUUCUUUUACAACAGGAAAUGUCAUUUUAAUGAGUAUGUUCUUCUGUUGGUGUAUCAUAGUCUUUAACAUUUUGUUUAUUCAUUAAACACUUCUAGACCUCA